GGUAGCUAAACAUAAUUCUGAAUGAUUCCUCUCAUCUUACCUGACGUUCAUCUCGUUUCCUCUUCUCUCUCUCACACAAGGUGUUCCUUCAUUCUUGCUCGAUAAUCCACACCCCAAGCUGCAUCAUGGAGAACCCCAAAACCGGCCUCGUGCUGGGCUACAACGGCGCCCACCCCUUCUCUAAAGUACACCUCACAGACAGGUCCUCCGUCCAAGAACUCCUCCGCACCCUCCUCGAUCCCCUCGAGCCCUUCUUCUCCCCGCAGAAAGCCCGCGUCAAAGUCCCCGGCGCCACCGCCGUCCGCUUCGACCAGGCCGCCUCCGAGGUCGAGGGCAUCCUCCGCCCCAUCUGGGGCCUCGCCGCCCUCCUGGCCGGCGGAGGGGAGUACCGCGGCACCGAGUGGUGGAUCCAGGGCAUCAAGGCCGGUACCGACCCCGAGAACCCAGAGUACUGGGGGUUUCCACGGGAUAAUGACCAGCGCAUGGUUGAGAUGUGCCCUUUUGGCUUCACUCUCGCCGUUGCGCCAACCAUCUGGGAAAGUCUAUCCGAAAAGGAGCGUGUAAACGUCGAGAACUGGCUAGGCAACUCAAUCAAUGAGAAGAACAUGCCAAACACAAACUGGCUCUGGUUCCGCGUCUUCGCCAACCUAGGCCUCAAAAAGAACGGCGGCAAAUUCUCCCAAGCCCGUCUCGACGCAGACAUCAAGCACCUCGACACCUUUUACCGCGCCGGCGGCUGGUCCAACGACGGGCCCGAGGGCAUCCACCAGAUGGACUACUACUCCUCCAGCUUCGCCAUCCAGUUCCUCCAGCUCCUCUACGCCAAGAUCGCCGGCGACGACGAGCCCGAACGCGCCGCCGAGUUCCGCAAGAGGGCGCAGCUGGUCGCCCUCGACCUCGUCCACUAUUUCGACGAGCAAGGGCGCGCCAUCCCCUUUGGCCGCAGCGUAGGCUACCGCUUCGCCAUGGUUUCGUUCUGGGGCGCCCUCGCGUACGCCGGCGUCGAGCUGCCGGCGCCCCUGACGUGGGGUAUGGUCAAGGGCAUCGUGAUGCGUCACCUGCGCUGGUGGCAGACGCAGCACGACAUGUGGAGCCCGAGCGGGACGUUGACGGUUGGGUACUCGUACCCUAACAUGUACAUGGCCGAGAACUACAACAGUCCCGGAAGCCCUUACUGGGCCUGCCUAGCCUUCAUCUGCCUCGCCGUCCCCGAAGAUCACCCCUUCUGGACAUCAAAGGAAGAACAAGCCUGGGACGUAAUCCCAAAACUCAAACCCUUGUCCCAGCCAGGCCACAUCAUGAGCAACAUCGGCGGCCACUGCAUGCUCCUCUCCUCCGGCCAAGCCUGCAGCUACCCGAUGAAGGGCACCCACGCCAAAUAUGGCGCCUUCGCCUACUCGAGCGCCUACGGCUACUCCGUGCCCCCGGGCCUCUUCUCCCUCGAGCAGUACGCUCUCGCCUCGCAGCUCGGCCUCUCAGACGACGGCGGCGAGUACUGGAAGACGCGCCGGCUCUCGCAGUACGCGGGUAUCGAGUCCAGAGGAGGAGACGGUGAUGGCGGCGUGUCGGUCCUCGUCUCCGUGUGGAAGCCCUUCCCCGACGUCGAGAUCAAGACCAUCCUCGUGCCCCCCGCCGAGCCCACGCCCAACUGGCACCUACGCAUCCAUCGCAUCAAAGCCGGCCGGGACGUCAUGACAGCCGACGGCUCCUUUGCCAUCGCCAAUGAGAACUCGACAAACGGGCGAUACCUCGACCUCUACGACGCUUCCAAAGGCGAAGGCACGUCCCCCAAAAUCAUUGGCAACUACGACACAAACACGCCCGAAGGGCUCGCAAGGGGCCAAGACGGCUCCUUUGCAGUAUCCAAGGGCGCCGUGGGCAUCAAAGCCCUGGAAGGCGGCAUCCAGAAGAUCGAGCGGACAGCGAACCUCGUCAACGCCGACCCCAACUCCAACCUCGUCGAGAGCCGGACAACCAUCCCGACGCUGCAGCACAUCAUCAAGAAGGGCGAGACGGUCUGGUACGUGACGGGUAUCUACGCCAAGCCGAGCGGCGAGGGCGUCGCCAGGCAGAGCUACCUCGACGGCUGGGAGCAUCCGCCUGCGAUCCCAGCUUGGCUUGAGGAAGAGAUGAGUAAAUCAUGAAAGGCGGGAUGAAAUUCCUUAGUUCAAUGUAAAUAAAUAAUAAACCUCUGAAUAAUUAUAGGGGAAAAAAAAAGAGUUCACCACCGGUGUGGCUACAUCUCUUGGUGC